CCGGUGGGCGUGUCUCCGUCCUCAAAGGUUUUCUCCCUGGAGUGGCUAGACGGGUUGGGGGAAACAGGAUGGAAGAGCUAAUGGGAGUAUCUAACGGGACAUGCGGACGAGCUGAAUUCUUUUAAUAUUUCAAGUGCUGUUUGUGUCGGCGUGAGGCCUCGCCAUGCCGCUGGUGAAGAGGAACAUCGAGCCCCGUCACCUCUGCCGAGGGGAGCUCCCAGAGGGCAUCGGGAGCGAGCUGGAGUGUGUGAUGAACAACACCCUCUCUGCCAUCAUCCGUCAGCUCAGCAGCCUGAGUAAACAUGCAGAGGACAUAUUUGGCGAGCUGUUCAACGAGGCCAACACCUUCUAUUUGCGUGCCAACUCCCUCCAGGACCGCAUUGACCGGCUGGCCGUCAAGGUCACACAGCUGGACUCCACCGUAGAAGAAGUUUCCCUGCAAGACAUCAACAUGAGGAAAGCCUUCAAGAGUUCCACCACCCAGGACCAGCAGGUGGUGUCCAAGAGCAGCGUGCCCAAUCCUGUCCGAGAGAUGUACAAUCUGAGUGACAAGCCUCCGCCGCUCAACAUCCUGUCGUCUUACAGGGAUGAUCACAAGGAAGCACUUAAGUUCUACACCGAUCCCUCCUACUUCUUUGACCUGUGGAAGGAGAAGAUGCUGCAGGACACAGAGGAUAAGAGGAAAGAGAAGAGGAAGCAGAAGGAGCAGAGGCGUUGUGUGGAUGGGACAUUACAGAGGGAGGUGAAGAAGGUCCGAAAGGCGAGGAACCGUCGGCAGGAGUGGAACAUGAUGGCUCUGGAUAAAGAGCUAAGGCCAGACCAUCGCCACACCAUACACAGAGACAGAGGGGCUUCCUCUGAGGGCUCGAUGUCACCAGAGAACAGGGGUCACGGUCCCGAUCAACACCAUUACCCCAACUCCAUGAACCAUGCCGGCCACGCCCACACCUACUCUGGCCCACCGCCCAGCGUCCUGGCUGCCCAGAUGGCUGCAGGGCACGGUCCCCGUGGAGGAGCUGAACACGAUACACGAGGCAGGACUGUGAUGGCCUAUCAGGGUGGGACUCUGGGCCGUUCUCACCACCACCAAGUCCCGCUGCCUCCUCCACCCACUGAGGUUAUGAACGGUGCGUCCCUUCCACCAAUGGACUACAGUAUGGAUGGCUAUGCCAACACUGGUCCUCCUCCUCCUCCUCCAGCCCCUCUCAUCCCUUCUGCCCAAACUGCCUUUGCCUCACCUCCUGGAGGUCCCAUGCCUCCUGGGCCAAUCGCUGGCAUUGGUGGCUAUGCUCCGCCUCCACCACCUGUAUCUGGAGCCCAUGCAGCUCCACCUCCCCCUGGUCCUCCACCUCCGCCCCUUCCAGCUGGUGCCUCCCACAUCACAACCCACAAGAUGUCCUCCUCUGCGCCCGCUGAGACCACAGUGGUCAACGAUGCCCGCAGUGAUCUGCUGGCUGCUAUACGUAUGGGCAUCCAGCUGAAGAAGGUGCAGGAGCAGCAGGAGCAGCAGGCUAAGAGGGAGCCAGUCGGAAACGACGUGGCCACCAUCCUGUCGCGACGCAUCGCCGUUGAAUAUUCCGACUCGGAGGACGACUCCGAGUUGGAGGAGAACGAUUGGUCGGAUUAACAUGCGGUGAAAAAAAUAAAGGAUAAACCACUGAAGAUAAACACCCGAUAAGACACACAACCAGUUGGUCUCACAGUCAAUUGAAAGAAUGCCCAAUGUACCGCACCCACGGAUUGUCACACACUUUGUUGCUGAAAACACACACACACACGACACCUACACACGGUCACAUGCUGUAGGUUGAUAUAAGCUGAAUGGUCUAAAACUGGAAAUCUGGGGGUGUAUUCGAGAUGCAUAAACACUGUAAAGACUCUAGUAAUACACCAUAAUGCUGACCACUCUCUGAAACAUUCACAUUCAAUUUAAAAAAAUAUCUUUUUUUGAACUGAAUGUUACUUAAUAAUAAAUAUAUUUCAAAGCAUUGUGAAUACACCCCAGUGGCUGUUUCUCUACCUGUUAUAACACUAUAGACAACCUGUAAAGGUGCUUAUUUCAUGUAUAGUUGACGCUUGAGAGUGUUAGAAGACUUAGAAACUUUCCUCUUGAGCUAACCGAUGUACUUGUCUUUUUUUUUUUUAAUGUUUUUACUGAAACACUUGCAAUAGAUCCUGAGGUUUUUAACAUGACAAUGACUGAGUGAUGAACUCAGGAGAAGCUGCAGUUGGAUGCAGGCCGCUGAGGGAGUGAACUGGAAGAGCAUUUGAAAUGUGGUGUUAAAUGAUGGAUGAGAGGACGAUAUGUAAAAAAGUCUUAAUGAUCAUAUAUAUGAGAAUUGAUUGAGCCAUCUGCAUCUGCAAUCGAUCACUGCUGUGUGUGUGGGGUGGGGUGGGGGGACAUCAUGUAUAUGCUAGUGUGAGCUCUGUAACCUUUGAAUCAGAGAAAAAUAAAAUGAUGAA